UUGUAAAUCUUAAGUUGUAACUUGUGUAACUGUUAACUUGUAUUCUUUGCAAUAGUAAAGAAAAAAAAACUCUGCCCUUCGUCUCACUUAAACACUCAUGAGAGACUAGUUACUACUAAUCCAGAACUACCAAUCAAGAAGAAUAAUAAAGACAUAAAACAUAGAACCAGAUCGCAAACGAAGAUAGAGAUAGAAGUAGAUAAGAGAACACACAAACUCUACUCAUAACAUUUUGGUGCCAGCGACAUGUGUAAUCCAAGAGCCGUAACGUGCAGUGAAAUAGUUAAAUAAAGACACAUUUCAACAGUUACGACGGUGAUACCAAUCGACAAAUAGAACUUAGAAUUAUUAACGAAGGGAAGAAUUAUAGUGAUCGAUAAAAUCUUGUCAUAAGACGUCAACGAAACAAGUUAAAUUAUAAACUUUAUUGUUCACAACAACGAGAGCAGUUUUUCCUCGAAGCAAAGAUACAGCAAACACAGCGUGUUAUGAAAAAGAAGGCAUAACAAGUACGUGACGCAGACAUAAUAUCUAGCCGAUAAGCGUACCGCAGUUGCAGGAUAAGAAUUUCACCAAAGAACUAUACGACAAAGACGAAUAUUUACAGACCACGAAGAAAGUGAUGAAUUCACCCGCAACAACAACAACCCGACCGUCAACGUCGGCAAUCAGACGGAGCCUCAGAGGAAGGCGCAGCCCCGGCACUUCGUCUUCGUGUUCGCGUUCGGCUUUGGAAGUGACAACGUCACCUGACACCUACAUUCAUAAGUGCCCAGAUUGUUUGCUCUAAAUGGCUUCAGGAGGGUCCUACAGUGGCGAGAGGCCGCCCUCGGUUGACGUCGACUAUUCUGCUGAUCCUGCAUCUGGAAGUUUCUUCAGCACAGAGUUUAAAAAACAUGAAGACUUGAAGCAGAUGUUGGACAGCAACAAAGAUGGCCUAAAACUGGAGGCAAUGAAGAGGAUUAUUGGUAUGGUUGCAAAAGGGCGUGAUGCUUCAGAACUGUUUCCAGCUGUUGUAAAGAAUGUAGUCAGUGCUAAUUUAGAAGUAAAGAAGUUGGUGUAUGUUUACUUAGUCAGAUAUGCGGAAGAACAACAAGAUCUGGCAUUGCUUUCAAUAUCUACAUUUCAGAGAGCCCUCAAGGAUCCAAAUCAGCUGAUUCGUGCAUGUGCCCUCCGUGUUUUGUCAAGUAUUCGAGUUCCUGUUAUUGUUCCUAUUAUGAUGCUUGCUAUAAAGGAUGCAGUAACAGAUAUGUCACCAUAUGUUCGUAAAACAGCUGCUCAUGCGAUACCAAAGUUAUACAGUCUUGAUCCUGAGCAAAAAGAAGAGCUGAUACAGGUUUUAGAGAAGCUGUUGUCAGAUAAAACUACUUUAGUUGUUGGAUCAGCUGUUAUGGCUUUUGAAGAAGUCUGCCCAGAGCGUAUUGAUCUUAUCCACAAAAAUUAUCGAAAGCUGUGCAAUCUGCUUGUUGAUGUGGAAGAGUGGGGUCAGAUAGUCAUCAUUAACAUGCUUACUCGCUAUGCCCGCACCCAGUUUGUUGAUCCUAAUAUUGGAGACCAUAUUGAGGAAAAAGAGAAGCCAUUUUAUGAGGAUGAAGAUGAGGAGGAGAUUACAGUUGAACUUGACAAUAGUAGAAGGCCAAAACCCAUGGAUCCUGACCACAGACUUCUGCUGAGGAACACAAAACCACUACUGCAAAGCCGCAAUGCUGCUGUGGUUUUAGCAGUAGCACAACUUUAUCAGCACAUAGCCCCACGAUCUGAAGUUUCCCAGGUAGCCAGAGCACUGGUGAGGCUCUUGAGGUCCCACCGUGAAGUUCAGGCAGUUGUCCUCACUAAUAUUGCAUCUAUGUCUACUCGUCGAAAGGGGAUGUUUGAACCAUACCUCAAGAGUUUCUUUGUCAGGUCGUGUGACCCAACUCAUAUCAAGGCUCUAAAGUUAGAGGUGCUUACCAACUUGGCAACAGAUACUAAUAUAUCGGUUAUUUUACGUGAGUUUCAAACUUACAUAGGAUCAUCUGAUAAGGAAUUUGUUGCUGCAACUAUUCAGGCCAUUGGAAGGUGUGCGUCCAAUAUAAGGGAAGUAACAGACACAUGCUUAAGUGGUCUUGUCUCUCUCCUAUCAAACAGGGAUGAAUCAGUUGUUGGUGAGAGUGUUGUUGUCAUACGAAAACUUCUCCAGAGUGAAACAGUUGGCCAUAAAGAUAUCAUCAGCCAUAUGGCUAGGCUGAUGGAUAACAUAAAGAUUCCAAUGGCUCGUGCAAGUAUUCUUUGGUUACUUGGAGAAUAUUGUGACAAAGUACCUAAGAUUGCUCCUGAUGUUUUACGAAAAAUGGCAAAGACUUUUGUAGUUGAGGAUGACAUUGUGAAACUGCAGAUACUAACACUAGCAACAAAGUUGUUCUUGACUAAUCCAAAGCAGACACGUUUGUUAUGUCAGUACGUAUAUAAUCUUGCCAAGUACGAUACUAACUAUGACAUUCGUGAUCGUGCAAGAUUUACUCGGGCACUUGUCUUCCCUCCUCAAGGCCAUGAAGAUAACAAACUCACAAAACAUGCAAAGAAGAUAUUUCUAGCAACAAAACCUCCACCAUUGCAACAGUCCAGCUUCAAAGAUCGUGACCAGUUUCAGCUUAGUACGCUCUCCCACUUGAUCAAUGCUCGAGCAACAGGAUACCAGGACUUGCCUGUGUUUCCAGAAGAAGCUCCUGAUCCUAGUUUACGCAAUGUGGAGGUAACAGCUGUAUUUACACAGGAGAGCCACAAACCUGCACAUCAAAAAAGAAAUAAAACUCAAAAAAUAAAAUCAUUUUACUCGGAUGAGGAGAGUUCACCAGAAGAUGAGAGUGAAGAAAGCAGCAGUGGAUCUGAGAGUGAUAGCGAUGAGGAUACUACUGACAGUGACACUGAAGAAAGUAGCUCUGAUGAAAGUGAACCUGAAAGUGAUGAGGAUGAUAAUGAGGAGCAUUCACAAUUCAAAAGGAGAUCAAACAGUUCAGGAAAAAUUGAAAAACAGAAAGAUUCUUCUGAAACUGAGGAGUCCGAUUCAACAUCAUCAUCAUCUGAAUCUUCUAGUUGUGAGUCUUCAAGUAAAGAAGAGUCAGAGGAUUCCUUUGAUGGGAAGGUGAAGACAAAAGUUUUUAAAGGCAAAAUUCUCAGAAAAAAUGAGAGCUCAGCUUCAGGUGGAAACAGAAGUAAUUUAGAUCUUUUGCUAGAUUUAGAUGAUUCUCCACCUUCUGUGGACACACCGCUUCUUACACCUUCUCUGGGGGGUCUUCUGACUCCCACACCUUCAGUUCAACCACAAAUAUUACCUCCAGGUGCCUCCAUUCAGCCAGCCUCAGCAAAAUAUGUUCCAACAAUAACAUUUGAACUUUUGAACAGAAUAAGUAGCGGAGGUUUGACUGUUUCUGCUCGUUUCACUCGUUCACCUCACCUUUAUUCUCCGUGUAUGACAUCAGUUGAACUUACAUUCACUAACAGUGGCAGUGAAGAAAUUCGAGACAUCAGUUUGGGGAAGCAGAAAUUAGCACCAGGAAUGUCAUUACAUGAAUUUGCAAGCAUUGCAGUUCUAAACCCAGAUACAACUGUGUAUGGUACCCUUGGAGUUGAUUUUAAUGAUACCACUCAGCCUGCAGUGUUUGACAUAUUAACUGCAGGACGAACAUUUAACAUCAGCAUAACUGCUCCAGUUGGAGAGCUGCUUACACCUCUUGCAAUGAGUGAAGAUGAUUUCAACCAUAAUCAGGGAAAGUUACGGGGGAUGAAUGAGCUGAGUGAAACUCUUAAACUUCCUAGUAAUGUCAGCAAGGCCAAGGAUAUAAUAAGUAGAGUUUAUGAAACUGCAAAUCUACUCCAAGUACAGUCUACUGAUGAUAACAUAUUAAAGUUUGGUGGUCAGACAGCAUCGGGAAAGGUUCUUGUGUUACUCAGUUUAACAGUGCCUGAAAAUAAUCAAGAAUCUCUGCUUACCAUCAAUUGUGAAAAAAUGGUGAUAUCUUCCAUGCUUCUAAAAGAAUUCCAGUCAUCCUUUGCCAAAGGGUAAUCACUAUAGCACUGAAUAUCAGAAUUUUUAUUCAUUUAUAUUUAAUUCAUUCCAGCUUAAUUUUCUAUUGUAGUUGACUGUUAUUGGAAUGCUUCAUAUUAGCCUGUUUUAACUCAUCAUGUUAUUAUAAUAUUUAUUUAAAUACAUAAUCGUUUAUGAA